GCGCAGGACCUGAGGGACAUUCAGGACAUCGUCGAGACCAUCGAGUUGCUCAAGGAACGUCGCGACAUGACGGUGCAGGAGAUCCGGCUGGUGCUGAUGAUCGAGGACCCGCGCGAGAGUGAGCGGCGGCGGCAGAUGGGCAUCGAGAAUGAGAGCGGGUGCUCGCGCGACGAGAUCGCCGAUGCGUUCCGCGAGGUGUGUGAGGACCGCGUACCAGCGGACCGCAUGGCUCUGCGCAAGCUGGCGCAGGACAUGCGCGACUGGCCACGCCUGCGGGAGGAGCCAGGCGUGGAGGAGGAGGCAGAGGGAUCUGGAGGGCAGCGCAAGUCGCACCCCGCCAUCAUGUGCGAAAGCCAAGCUCACGACUCGCGCAAUCGUGUCCCUCCUGGCAUGAGAUGGUUUUUCCAGAACUGUGCUGUGUCCCGUCUUUGUCUCGUCGCCACCAUCUUCCACUGCGCCUCCCAAGAGUGGCAGCACGAAACACGUUCCGUUUGUUGUUACCCGUAG